AUGUCAUCACAUAUUACAGGCCUCUAGUGGGCAAGCCACUUGGGAUCGUUGCGGUGACGAAAGAGGACGAGGCGGUGAGCUCAACCACACCCAAGGGACACCCUGUGAUCGACGUCUUGAUGUGCUAUUUGGGGCCUGUCUAGGGCUGAGGCCGCGUUUGAUGUUGGUCCGACCAAUCUGGGCUCUGGGCAUGUCUGGAUCCACGGUGCGGGCAUGCGGAAGUAGAAAUGCAACAAGCUAUCGUUACGACGAUGGGGUGAAUCACGUCAGUCAUACAGUAUCGUCAGCUCUGCGAGGAAGAUACUUGGGUUUCCAUUGGAAGUGGGGGUUUACGCCGAGAACUUCGAAGAAAGAGCCAAGAGAACUGUUUUUUUGCCUUUCUUUUCGUGAUGGGUACAACCGUGGAGUUCUCUGCCGACGGACGCGCAAUCUGUCAUACGGGUUGGGGAUGUGUUGAGAUGUGGUAAGUGACGUCAUUAGACUCGAUUGGUUGCAGAACAACAACGCCGACGACUCGACUUAACCUCGACAUUAUAUUCUGCCGGUGCUUGUCCUGUGUGCUUUUCUC